AUGUUCCUACAGUGCCUGCGGAAUGCCCUCGUGAGGAGGGGGGAAGUACAGCCAAGGUGGAAGGGAACAAUCUUCGACAUGCACACGAGAUAUAUGAAAAACAAACGAAGAGGGUUGAAGCAGCAACCAAGGAAAAAGCCACUGGACAUAGAAAAAAAAAUAAGAAACCCAGACAAAUAUGAAAAAAAAAUGCAUUUUGAUAAUUUAACCAAGGGAGAGCUGUACGUCCCUGAAUCGUGUAAACCCAAAAAACUGGCCAUGCUGUGUAAUCGACUUUUCUACUUUGAUAUAAAUGAUGAAGAGUUACUAGAUAGGUAUGCACAAAGAGCUAUCGUGAUAGUUAACAGUAUGAGUACAAAAGAAAUUUCUCUAAUAUUAAAUACGAUGAGGAAGUUUAAUCACAGAAAUGAAAAAUUGUUGGAAACCUUCGCGAAGCAUAUCCCCCGUAAGUUACACAAAGGGGUGCCCCAAGACAUUUCACUAAUACUGAAUGCAUAUGCCCAUUUUAAUUUUAUUGAUAAUAAUUUGUUCAGCAGGAUAUGUGAAGAAAUUCCUCACAAAAUUACUUACUUUGAACAUUUUCACAUUUCCAGUGUGGUUAACGCUUUUUACAAGCUACAGAUAAAAGACAGGAUAAUUAUUGAUGACCUCGUGGACGAGAUAAUAGAGCGAAUCGAUGAAUUUGAUGCUAAAUCUCUAACGAACAUUAUAAAUUCCUUUUCAAAACUAAAUUACCAAAAUGAAAAUAAAAAAACGAUAUGGGUAAAAUUUAUCCAAGGUGUGAAAAAUCUACGUAAAGAUUUUAACUUGCUAGAAAUUACGCUCAUAACAAAUGCAUUUUGUAAAAAAAAAUUCAAAAAUGACAAAGUCUAUCAGUUGUUGAACGAAAUUAUAAGUUGUCACAUUUUCGAAAUGAAAUCUGUAAAUGAAAGUAACUCCUUUUUACUAUGCACCAUUGCACAUGCAUUUGCUAAGGUCAAAUAUUAUGACAAGGAUUUAUUUCAUUUUAUCUUUUCAUACUUUACCAAUGAAGAGAAUUAUGCGUCUUUGGACAGCCAACAUUUCGCUCAACUGAUUUAUUCAUGUGCUGUGUUUAAACAAAACGACAAAUUAUUCCUCGAUACAUAUGCCAAAAUGGUUUGCAAAAGUUUGGAAAAAACAAAUAACGAACUAAACGAACAAGCCUUGUCUACCAUUGCAUAUGCAUAUGCCAAAUUAAGGAUCCGAGAUGCGAACUUCUUCGUUCAACUCUCUUCCUACAUCAUCAAGGAAAAAAUUUCUUUAUCUCCACAAAGUUUAAGUCUAAUUUGCUAUAGUUUCUCCAAGCUGAAAAUAAAAUCGCAAAUGUUGUUUUACUUUUUAUCCAUACAGAUUUUCCAAAACAUGAAUUUAUUUAGCAAACAAGGCUUGUCGCUCAUUUUGUCUGCCUAUGCAAAUUUACAAAUUUUUCACAUGAAAAUGUUUUCUCUCAUUAAUAAGUAUUUAAAUCUCUAUGUGGACAAUUUUACCCAUGAGGAGUGCGUGCUGAUCGCUGGCCACUACCAACACGCGGUUAAGUGUAUCACUGAUGAGAUAGAAGCGGUGGGGAAUGCGCAGCGUGUGGGAUCCUCCCCGUCUUCCCUUAUCGCAACGUCUAACACGAAAAAGGAGUUAGAAAACUUUAUCAACCUAUUAACAGACAAAAUUGGGCAAUUCCAAAAGGAGAAAGAACAGAGAAAGGGAAGAGAGGCCACCGGAAGUUAUCACCAAGACGGUUUAACUUCCAACGAAGGUGAAGAAGCGGAUGAGGACGAGGAAGACAAUUUCUUCUCCAUUUUUAAUCAAAGUGAUAUUAUAAAUGAGGACCCGGCGGAUGUCGCGGAGCACUCAGGGCAAAUGCCAAAUCAACUAAUCACUAACAAAGAAACAUUUAAUGAUGCAGAGAAGAACCCGUUGUACAAUCCUGAUGAUCCCUUCAGCCAACAGUCAGAUCAUAUUCAAGACAUGAAGAAAAAAGAAGAAGAUGCACUUAAAAUAUAUAAAAAAAUGUUCUUACCGGAUAUGGGAAGUGGCACGUCCACCAAGGGAAAAAUCCCACUAAUUAACGAGAAGCUAAAUGAGCGUCUGCGCACCAUCCUUAGCAAACAGGACGUUACAGCAGAGGAUGCUAAUACAAAAGACGAUAAAAAGGGGAUGGGAAAAACCACGAAAAGUUUGCUCGAGUUAAUGACGUCCAACAAGCCACCAAAAAUAAAUUACGAGAAGGAAAAUUUCAUAAAAUCCGCUGAACAGGUGGAAUCUGAAUUUAUAAGGGCCUACGUAAGUGAGCAGCAGGAAAACAACGAUGAUGACAAAGAUGGUAGCGCAAAAAGGACAAAGGGCCGAAGAGGAAAGAAAAAACACAUUCAAAAUAUGCUAUGCAGGAAAUAUCAACCCGUUGAUGAUCUCCCAACAUUGCAGAAAAAAUGGAACGAUCUUUAUAGCCCAUCACCUUGA